UCCGGGCAAUUGAACCUUCUUCAAGGGUGUGUAGGCGAUUCUGUAGAGACAGAAGGAGUGACUUUCUCACGACACCGAUUUGCAAACGAAGGAAGGUGCUCUACAAAUCUAUCUACCUGGUACAGGAUCGGCUGUCAGAGAGGAGCAAUUCAAGAUUAUUGCAAUGGUGGAGCAAGAGGUGACGCGCAAAAUGUUUGUGAAACUAGCACAAAACAGCACAAUAUGUGCAGAUUGGGGUCGUCUUGCAUUAUGUAUUGAUGAGGAGAUGUUUGGUGGUGGAGGUGUUAGAUUAAUUAAGCAGGAACACGUUGAUGACCCAUUUACGCAAGUAACAAGCAUGUUGGAAAAAUGGCACAACCAUCGUGCUAAAGAAGCCACGCUGAAGAAGCUCAUUAAAGCGAUGUGUGACUGCCAGUGGGAACGUCUGGCUGAAGAAAUAUUUGAAAAGAGAUUGGUAAAGCUUGCCACACAAGCUAAUGCUGACAAAUCGCAAAACUGUGCUCAACUUGAAUCUGAUCAGGCAUCUGUAACUAGGUUAAUUCCAUCUGCAGAACAGAUGAAAGAUAGCAGCGAAGAUGAACACAGAUCAACUCCUGAGGAUUCCACAGACUCUCCAGACGGUCAGAAUGCAGGUUUACCUGACACUCUUAGAGGAAAGAUUACUGAGAUGCAGCUGUUUGAGGUUGCAAGAGCCGCUAGCAACAAGUGGCUGGACAUUGGUACUAAAUUCUGUGUACCAAUGCAGGAGUUGGAGGAUAUUAGAGAUAACUUCAAAAACGAUAAGGAGCGUCUCUACGAAGUGCUCAAGAUUUGGUAUCGACGUCUGGAAGUUCCAACUAUCGAAGCCGUGCUGGAAGUAUGUUUCAAAGCGGGCGUUGGAGGAGAGGUUAAGCGUGCUUUACUGGACUCGUAAAUCAAUGUCGAAGAUGCCGGACCGUAGGGCUUCAAACCUUCUUGGCUAGGUUUGUGGAACGUGUCAGACUGUAGACCAGUCAUAGUGUUUUUAUGAAGUUUUGGUGUUGUAUAGUCUGUAACGGUUGGUAUGGUAGCAACGACGUUUGUAGUGCAUGUGCCAUUUUAAUAGUCAAUAUUUACACAUGUUAUAUUGAAUAAAUUUACAUGAGCACCGUA